GUUUUAUUGUGUCUCCUUUGCAAACAGACCCAUUGUGAUAUUUAUUCUGACAGGUUGAUGUUUCACAUAUUCUCUAAUACUGGUCAGUUGUAUGUUACAACAAAAUGUAUCUUUCUCUCUCUUUAUCAGCUAACGGACACUGAUCAAUACCAACGGGUUCCUCACCUUUCUACCGCUGUUAACCGAUCGGACCGUCCCGGUAGAAGUUCGUGAUUAAGAAAGCUGUUUAUAUUGAUGAAGUACCGGAUGGCCGGCGGCGGUGUGAUGGACCCGAGCCGGGCUCCGGUGGCCUUCGGCCGGCGGGCGGUUCCGCAGCUGUUCGAGGAGCUGCAGCAGCCGGAGGAGGAGCGCAGACAGCGGGCUCUCAACUCUCUGUGCGACCUGAUGCACGACCCGGAGCGGAUCUACCAGACCGUUAACGGCGGUUUUCUGGAGCAGUUGAAGGUUUUGAUGAAAGACGACGAUUCAACAGUCAGAAAGAAAACCUGCAAACUGCUUCACAUACUGACUGCUCACAGCAUCGGCAGACAGGCCCUGCUCUCCUCCUCCCUCCUCCCUCCUCUCUCUCAGCUGUUGGAUGACUCCUCGUCCUCCUGCAGGAGGAACGUCCACCGAGUGCUGAACCGCCUCAGUCUGCUGCCUGCAGGUUCUCAUCCCGUCUCAUUCUGCACUCUUUGUUCGGUUCAUAAAUCAGAAUCAGAAAUACUUUAUUGAUCCCCGUUUGUUACACAUGAUAAAGAAUAUAAAUAAUAAUACUUAUAUUACAAUAAAAUAAACUCAAACUCUCCUCGUUCCACAAGAGGAAAAACAGACGAGUAAAUUAUAUUUGAAGCAUUAUUUCUAUAAUUACUAAAUAUAUCAGUGGCACACAGGUAAAUAAAAACAAGAAACAUAUCACAAUAAAAUGUCGAUAGUAAUAAUUAUGAAUCAUUUCUAAUGAUCAUUAAUAAAGAGCAGCUGACUAAAGGUUUAACUAUUA